CUUCAACAACAAAGCUGCUAAUUUAACCACUUCGGUAGCUUGCUAGACAACAGAAAAGCGAAACACUGAAGCGCCUUAGCCAAUUUUGGAUAUACUACUCUGUGUUUUAAACCCAAUUCUGUUUACGUAUCUAGUAACGUUUGUUAAUUACGUUUAAGUUAACUAUUUGUUGAAAUUGAUAGUCAAACUAGUCGCUAAUGCUAACUAGCUAGCUAGCUAAAAUCCCCGACCAUGAGCUCAGUAAACUACUCUACUAAAGAAGAGGAGGUCUGUUGGACGGAGAAAGAAGCUCUGGGGCUGAACAUUGUCGUAAAAGAGGAAGACGAGGAUAUUACCAUGCAAUCAGAGGAAGGGGCUUUCAAAACGAUAAAAGAGGAGGAGGAGGAUGUUACAGUGAAAGAGGAGAAAGAAACGUUUGGGGUAAAAGAGGAAGAGUGGAUAGAGGCUGUCACAGUGGAAGAGGAGGAGAUGGAUGCUUUCAGAAUUAAAAAGGAGGAAGAUGAGGAUAUCAGCGUGGAAGAGGGGAUAGAGGCUUUCACAGUGGAAGAGGAGGAGGUAGAAGCUUUCAAAAUCAAAAAGGAGGAAGAUAUAAUAUUGAAAAAAGAGGAAGAGCCUUCUAGAGAGGAAGAGGAAGGAGAGGAGGAGGAGACUGAACAAGAUCUGAUGAUCACCAGAGAAAGAUCAGACUCAGAGGAACCAGAGACGUCCAAACCAGCAAGACGAAACGACUGUUCCCACUGCGGGAAGAGUUUUACCAAGUUAGGAAACCUGAGAAGACAUGAGAGAACACACACAGGAGAGAAGCCUCAUCACUGCUCCCAGUGUGGGAAGAGUUUCACCCAGUUAGGGAACCUAAAAAUACACGAGAGAACACACACAGGAGAGAAGCCUUACGAAUGCUCUCAAUGUGGAAUGAGUUUUACCAAGUUAGGGUACCUGAAAUCACACGAGAGAACACACACAGGAGAGAAGCCUUUCCACUGUUCACUGUGCGGGAAGAGUUUUACAGAGUUAGGCAACAUGAAAAGGCACGAGCGGACACACACAGGCGAGAAGCCUCAUCACUGCUGUCAGUGUGGAAAGACUUUUACAGAGUUGGGGAGCCUGAAAAUACAUAAGAGAAUACACACAGGGGAGAAGCCUUUCCACUGCUCCCUGUGUGGAAAGAGUUUUACAGAGUUAAGCAACAUGAAAAAACAUGAGAGGACACACACAGGGGAUAAGCCUUUCCACUGCUCCCUGUGUGGAAAGAGUUUUACAGAGUUAGGGAGUCUAAAAAUGCAUAAGAGAAUACACACGGGCGAGAAGCCUCAUCACUGUUCUCAGUGCGGAAAGAGUUUUACAAAGUUAGGGAACCUGAAAAUGCACGAGAGAAUACACACAGGAGAGAAGCCAUACCAAUGCUCCCUGUGCUUAAAGAGUUUUACCUCAUUAAGGCAAUUGAAAGAACAUGAAAGAAUCCACACCAUAGAGAAACGUUAGCAAUGCUCCUAGUGUGAAAUUGUAUAUUUUUAACCAGUUAGUUUUAACCAGUUAGUUUUAACCAGUUCGUUUUAACCAGUUAGGGCACCUGAAAAAAACAUGAGGUAAUACAUACAGUGAAGAUGCCUUACCGCUGUUCCAGUGUAGAAACGAAUAUAUCACAUCAAAUAUACUUUAAGUUAAUGUCAUUCUAUUUUAAAGCUACAAUGUGUAACGUUUUUGUGCAAACCUGACACACAUUCUCACAGAAAAAAAACACAAAUAAUGCUCCCACACUUGUCUUAUAUAUUGUACUGCAAAAUGUUGUGCUUUUGUUUAUGCCACAUGAAAUCAAGUUGUAUAAAAUGGACCAAAAAAUA